AUGGUGGACACGCAGAGUAAACUAGGCUUUAACGACUGCAUACAAAUGUGGUGUGCACAUAAGCUGGGCAUGUACCCCCAUGUUGGGUGUACAUUUGUGUUUGCGGGAGUGCCCAACACAAGAUUGGAUACGGAGGAGGAGGAGGAGGAGGAGGAGGAGGAGGAGGAGGAGGAGGAGGAGGAGGAGGAGGAGGAGGAGGAGGAGGAGGAGGAGGAGGAGGAGGAGGAGGAGGAGGAGGAGGAGGAGGAGGAGGAGGAGGAGGAGGGGCUUACAGGUCAUAUAGGACUUUCAGGGUAG